CCGGGCCGGGGAAGGGGCGGGCAGCGCCGAGCCGCCCCGUGCGGCGGCGGGGGAGGCGGCGGCGCUGGGCAGGGUCCGGGCGAAGGCAGGAGCGCGGCUCAGCAGCCGCGGUGGGGCCGUGGCGAGCGAGCCGCGCCGCGGGGACCAUGCCGUCCUACACCGUCACGGUGGCCACGGGCACCCAGUGGUUCGCGGGCACCGACGACUACGUGUACCUGACCCUGCAGGGCACGGACGGCUGCAGCGAGAGGCACCUCCUGGACAAGCCCUUCUACAACGACUUCGAGCGCGGCGCGGUUGACUCCUAUGAUGUGACUGUUGAAGAAGACCUUGGAGAAAUACAGCUAAUAAAAAUUGAGAAACGAAAAUACUGGUACCAGGAUGACUGGUACCUUAAGUAUAUCACUGUUAAAACACCAGUGGGUGACUAUCUGGAGUUCCCAUGUUACCGCUGGAUUACAGAUGAAAAGGAGGUGGUCCUUCGAGAUGGAAGAGCAAAGCUCCCCCGAGAUGACAAGACUCAGAUUCUCAAGCAGCACAGGCGCAAAGAGCUCGAAUCCCGUCAGAAAAUGUACCGCUGGAAGGAGUGGCAUCCAGGCUUUCCCCUGAGCAUCGAUGCCCAUUCUCACAGUGAACUGCCUCGAGACAUCCAGUUUGACAAUGAGAAGGGAAUUGACUUCAUUCUGAACUACACGAAAGCGAUGGAAAAUCUUUAUGUCAACCGUUUCAUGCACAUGUUCCAGUCUUCCUGGAGUGAUUUUGCAGAUUUUGAGAGGAUUUUUGUCAGAAUCAGCAACACAAUCUCUGAAUAUGUGAUGCAACACUGGAGGGAAGAUUUUAUGUUUGGCUACCAGUUCCUGAAUGGAUGCAAUCCUGUGCUGAUCCGGAGAUGCACAGAGAUACCCAAGAAGCUGCCUGUGACCAUGGAUAUGGUCGAAUGCAGUCUGGAGAGGAACCUGACCCUGGAGGAGGAAGUGAAGCAAGGCAACAUUUUCAUUGUGGACUAUGAGCUGCUUGAUGGUGUGGAUGCCAAUAAAACAGACCCAUGCACAAUACAGUACUUGGCUGCACCCAUCUGUCUGCUGUAUAAGAAUCUGGAGAAAAAAAUUGUACCCAUUGCAAUCCAGCUUGGUCAAAAGCCUGGACCAGACAAUCCCAUCUUCCUUCCUUCAGAUGCCACAUAUGACUGGCUGCUAGCUAAAAUUUGGGUCCGCUCGUCUGAUUUUCACAUCCACCAGACAGUGACCCACCUCUUACGGACACACUUAGUCUCAGAGGUGUUCAGCAUAGCUAUGUUCCGGCAGCUGCCUGCUGUACAUCCCCUCUUCAAGCUCUUGGUGCCGCAUAUGCGGUUCACAAUAGCCAUCAAUACCAAAGCCCGAGAACAGCUUAUCUGUGAAUGUGGCCUUUUUGACAAGGCAAAUGCUACGGGUGGAGGAGGACAUGUACAAAUGGUGCAGAAAGCAAUGAAGGAUCUGACUUAUAGUUCUCUCUGCUUCCCUGAGGAGAUCAAAGCUAAAGGAAUGGACAGCAAAGAGGAUAUCCCCUACUACUAUUACCGGGAUGAUGGCAUUAAGGUCUGGGAGGCUAUAAAGAGUUUUGCAGAGGAUGUAAUUCACAUCUACUAUGAGAGCGACGAGGUGGUGUGUGAGGAUGUGGAGCUGCAGGCCUUUGUCAAAGACAUUUACGUCUAUGGAAUGAGGGGUGUGAAAGCCUCAGGGUUCCCUAAGAUGAUCAGGACACGAGAGACACUAGCAGAAUAUCUCACAGUGAUCAUGUUCACUACAUCGGCUCAACAUGCAGCUGUGAAUUUUGGUCAGUAUGACUGGUGCUCCUGGAUUCCCAACGCCCCACCAACAAUGCGCUGCCCUCCUCCAACAGAAAAGGGCACGGUCACCAUCGAGCAAAUUGUGGAGAGUCUGCCAGACAGGGGACGUUCUUGUUGGCAUCUGGGAGCUGUCUGGGCCUUGAGCCAAUUCCAGGACAAAGAACUGUUUCUGGGCAUGUACCCAGAUGAACACUUCGUGGAGAAGCCAGUGAAGGAGGCUAUGGCAAAAUUCCGCAAGAAUUUGGAUGAGAUUGUCAGCACCAUCACGGAGCGCAACAAGAACAAGAAGCUUCCUUACUACUACCUUUCCCCAGAUCGUAUUCCCAACAGUGUUGCUGUUUGA